CUAGCACUGAUACUGUGGGGAUUUUCCCUUUUUCUUCAAAAAAACAGAAAAGACCCAGUGGAGAAAAAAAAAAAGUGAUGAGUUGUGAGACAGACAGCGGCCCUACGCAGCACCAGGAGACAAGGUGCCGCUCAUUUGUUUAAAUUUGCAGUUGGCGGCUGCCACCUCUCUAUAGGCACCAGGCGGAGAGCCUCUCACCAUCAGACAGUGACCAGUCUGGUGAUGCACAGUCGCAGCCAUGAACUACGCCUUAACCUUGGACAUGGACCUCACAAACUACAACCUGGAAGACAUGUACAAGGAAUUCAGCAACUACAGUGACAGCACGGUGUCCCCGAAGGAAAACUACUUCUGCUCUACAGCUGAGGGGCCCCUACUGGCUUCCUUCAAGGCCACAUUCAUGCCUGUGGCUUAUGGCCUCAUCUUCCUCCUGGGCAUGAUGGGCAACAUCCUGGUGCUGGUGAUCCUGGAGCGUCACCGGCAGACACGCAGCUCCACGGAGACCUUCCUGUUCCACUUGGCAGUGGCUGACCUCCUGCUAGUCUUCAUCCUGCCCUUUGCUGUGGCCGAGGGCUCUGUGGGCUGGGUCCUGGGCACCUUCCUCUGCAAAACUGUGAUAGCUCUGCACAAGGUCAACUUCUAUUGCAGCAGCCUGCUCCUAGCCUGCAUUGCUGUGGACCGCUACCUGGCCAUCGUCCAUGCUGUCCACGCCUACCGCCACCGCCGUCUCCUCUCCAUCCACAUCACCUGUGCCACCAUCUGGCUGGCGGGCUUCCUCUUUGCCUUGCCAGAGCUUCUCUUUGCCAAAGUCAGCCAACAGCAUCACAACAACUCCCUGCCACGCUGCAUCUUCUCCCAAGAGAACCAAGCAGAAAGCAACGCCUGGUUCAUCUCCCGCUUCCUCUACCAUGUCGGUGGGUUCCUGCUGCCCAUGCUGGUGAUGGGUUGGUGCUACGUGGGGGUGGUGCACAGGCUGUGCCAGGCCCAACGGCGCCCUCAGAGGCAGAAGGCGGUCAGGGUGGCCAUUCUGGUGACAAGUGUCUUCUUUCUCUGCUGGUCUCCCUACCACAUCAUCAUCUUCCUGGACACCCUGGUGAGGCUGAAGGCCGUGGGCAGUAGGUGUGAACUAAAUGGCUAUCUCUCUGUGGCCAUCACGAUGAGUGAGUUCCUGGGCCUGGCCCACUGCUGCCUCAACCCUGUGCUCUACACUUUCGCCGGUGUGAAGUUCCGCAGUGAUCUGUCUCGGCUUCUCACCAAGCUGGGCUGUGCCGGCUCCUCCUCCCUUUGCCAGCUCUUCCCAAGUUGGCGCAAGAGCAGUCUCUCUGAGUCAGAGAAUGCCACUUCCCUCACCACCUUCUAAGUCCCAGCAUCCCCUUUUUUUUCUGCUUUCCUUGCAUGGAUGCAGUGACUCUGGAACCCCUUUCAACAGGAGUUGGGUUCCUCAGAGCUCACCUUGGCCAGCAUCUUCAUAUAGGGGAACUGGAUGAGUCAACCCCUCUUUCUAGGACAUCCCUGCCAGUGCUUCUCUCAGCCCCAUGGCUAGGCUGGAGCCCAGGGAGGGGAAAGUAGCCCAAAGGCAAAGCAAAUUCUACCUGUGCGCAUCUGCAUCACUCUGGGCUGAAAGGCCACCACACACCUUCUCUCAUCCUAACCAUCCAGAGCUCAGGAAACAACUUUUACUUCUACUGUUGCCAAUAGGGAAAGUCAAGCCCCUUCCAGAAUGGACUCCAUCAUUUUAUGGGCCUCUGACCUCCACAGCUACCCACCUCUCCUCAUAUCCCACCAGCUGAAUGAAGCCAAGAGAAGCUGAGCACCAGGGGAUAGAUGGAGGUUGGGGCCGAGGUAAGGCAAGCUGACAAGGGAGUGUGGUCUUGACACAUCUCAGUCCCUGAUGAACACAGACAUUCUGCUAGGCCCCUAGCCCUGCAGCCAUUUGACUAAGCAGGAAGCUCAGACUGGAAGCUCUGUUAGGGUAGCGGCCCCUGGCUCUGACCACACCAGUGCUGGGCCGGACUCUCAGGGGGCCCGGCAAGUCUGCAGGCUGAGGCAGACUCCAGGUGUUCUCAGCGGCACAGCUGGUGUCCUGGCAAAGAACCAAGGCUGAGCCAGCAAAGGAGAGGCCCAAUAUGGGAAAGAAAUCCCCAUUCCCCAGCCCUAAAGAGAGACAAGUAUAAAGGGAACUCAGCUGUUUCUUCUGCCCGGAAUGGAGGUGGAGAUGGGGCAGAGAACUCUCAGAGUAGGCCGGAUCCAGAAUGCUGGUGGGUUCUGGGCAGACUCAUCGUCCUUCCCAACCCCUCCCCAUAAGCUAGAGGGGCAGAGGGAACUCCUAGAGCAGUAGAGGGGUCUCAGACUACAGGAGAGGGAGUGCUCGGCCAAGAGGCAGAAUAGGGAUGUAGACCCCUGAGGUGAAAGGAGUCAAAAGAGCCAGGGGCUGGGGGGUGGGGAGGCCUCUGGGAGUCACCUCAUCGCCCCGUCUGCAGGCCAAGCCCAGAGCUCAGUCCCUCUGGGUCUCGCCUUAGGCAGGGCAGUGUGAGUGAAGACCUGGGCUGGGAAGUCCCCAGGCCCCCAAGGAAGCCCUGCCCUGAGAGGAUACUACUCAGAUGGAACCAGAGGAAGCUGCUCCGCGCUGUCAGGCAGUUCUGGGCAAUCCCUCCCUCCUCCUCAGCCUCGGAUCUGGGGUGGCGAGGGCAGUCAGGGCCAGAUCUGGGCUGCCCAGUCCCAGUCAAGCCAAUAAGUCAAGCUCCCUGGGAGGCACCCACUAGGGAAAUCAGAGCUGGGGACCUUGGGGCUAUGCCUUCGUCGCAGACCACUGGGAAGCCCUGGGGUCCCCUUUUCUUCCCAGCAUCCAAUAGCAAGCUGGGCUGGAGGAGUUAGCCACAUAAGCAAAAAGGCAAGAGGCUGGAUUUUGAAUUUUCUCUUUUUAAUAAAAAGGCACCUAUAAAACAGGUCAAUACAGUACAGGCAGCACAGAGACCCCCGGAACAAGCCUAAAAAUUGUUUCAAAAUAAAAA